AUGUCGGCGUUCAAGAGGAAACGUGGAGCACAGGCUCAUGUUGGCAAAAAGGCAAAGAAAGUCAAAUUUGUAGCCGACGGAGGCGAAGAACGGGAUGAAACCGAGCAGGAGAGGAAGAAUGAAGUCACGAUCCCUCCGCCGGUCUCGUUGGGGAAAUGGACCAACAAGGAAAGGGUUCUCAUCUUCUCCUCAAGAGGCAUCAACUUCAGGACAAGACACUUGAUGCAAGACCUGAGGACUAUGAUGCCUCAUUCAAAAGCAGACACCAAAAUGGACAGAAAGGACAAGUUGUUUGUCAUUAACGAGGUUUGUGAGAUCAAAAAUUGCAACAAAUGCCUCUUUUUUGAGGCCAAGAAGAAGCAGGAUCUCUACAUGUGGAUUUCGAACAGCCCUCAUGGACCUUCUGCAAAGUUUCUGGUUCAGAACAUUCAUACGCUGGCUGAACUCAAGAUGACAGGAAACUGCCUCAAAGGAUCCAGGCCGCUGCUCUCGUUCGAUCCUAAAUUUGACCAGGAGCCCCACUAUGCUUUACUGAAGGAGCUCUUCACACAGACAUUUUCCACUCCACGCUACCACCCUAAGAGUCAGCCUUUUGUGGACCACGUCUUUACAUUCACCAUUGCAGACAACAGGAUAUGGUUUAGAAACUAUCAGAUCAUCGAGGAGGAUGCCUCUCUAGUGGAGAUCGGCCCUCGCUUUGUUCUCAACCUCAUCAAGAUCUUUCAGGGGAGCUUUGGAGGGCCUACGCUCUAUGAAAACCCAACCUUCCUGUCUCCUAACAUGCACCGGCGAGAGAUCCGACUGGCGGCGGCAGCCAGGGUGCGCGAGAAGCAGAUGGUGAAGGAAAUGCAGAAACUGAAGAGGGUCGACGCGAAGGAGGAUUUGUCCCGAGACGUCACAGCUGAUGUCUUCCUAACGCCAGCUGACGAGAAGCCUGUUCACAUUGAGACAGAAGCGCCUGAGCCCAAAAUUGUGAAGAAGAACAAACACAAAGCUUUCAAAAGACAAAGGAUGGCACGCAGGUAACUCAAUGGACUGGAUUAAGCUGAGUGUGAAUGGCUUACUGCUGCCAUGAUUCAAUAUUGUCUCAAAAAACGUGGUAAUGCAACGAUGCAGACAGGUCUCAAGUCCAUAUAUGCUUUUUUAUUAGGAUACAAAAGGACUUGUGCAACACGUCAUCAUCACAUUUGACAGUAUCUUAAAUAUGUUGGUUUAAUGUGUAUUGCCAUCAUUUGUGGAAUCACACAAUAUAUAUUUUGGUCCCUCCUUUUGGAGGAUUGUGCAGAUAGACAUAAAGGUCUCUGCUCUACAACAUUGUAACAUCCCUUUUGAUUAAAAACAAAAUAUUCUGUAAGUGUAGGAAAGAAAAACUUGUUUAUUGCUUUUUGAGUGACUACAAUUGUUUUCUAUGUCAUGGAAAUAAACCAAUUCAAACAUAA